AUGCCGCAUGAGAGCUUACCAAACUCAAUUUUCACAUCUCCUUCCAAGAGGUUAUUGAAUUUAAAGGGUUCGGUUUAUAACAACAAUGAGGCUUCAUACACUGUGACGGAGGAGAGCAUCAACGAUCAUGAAUUAGCUCAGAGGAAAGCAGAGGAAGCAGCUUCAAGGAGGUAUCAAGCAACGGAAUGGCUUCGGCAAAUGGACCAUGGCGCAUUAACAUCACUCUCCAAAGAACCUUCCGAAGAAGAAUUUUGCCUUGCACUUCGCAAUGGCCUCAUUCUCUGCAACAUCCUCAACAAAGUAAAUCCCGGUGCUGUCCACAAGGUGGUAGAGAGUCCCAUCCUUGCGGUUCAAUCUGCAGAAGGAGCAGCGCAGUCUGCAAUUCAGUAUUUUGAGAAUAUGAGAAAUUUUCUCGAGGCCGUGAAGGAUAUGAAGCUUUUGACAUUUGAAGCUUCGGAUUUGGAAAAGGGGGGUUCAUCAAGUAAAGUUGUGGACUGCAUACUCUGUUUGAAAGGAUAUUACGAAUGGAAGCUAUCAGGUGGAGUUGGGGUGUGGAGGUAUGGAGGGACUGUGAGGAUUACUUCCUUCCCCAAGGGGUCUCUUUCCUCCAUAGUGGGCAGUGAAAGUACUGAUGAGUCCCUUGAUGAGUCUGAGUCAUCACAGUAUGAACAGAUACUUGAAUUUCUUCACCUAUCUGAAGAGGUCUCAGGUGAAGAAACCAGAACUGCCAAUGCUCUGGCUUUUCUGUUUGAUCACUUUGGACUCAAACUUCUCCAGGCUUACCUCAGAGAGACUGAUGGGAUUGAAGAUCUGCCUCUGAAUGCAAUGGUAAUUGAUACUUUGGUCAGCAAGGUAGUCAAGGAUUUCUCUGCAUUGCUUGUUUCUCAAGGGACUCAGCUUGGACUUCUCCUGAAGAAAAUAUUGAAAGGCGGUAGUGGUUGCCUCUCUAAGAGAGAGUUUGUAGAAGCUAUCACAUUAUAUCUUAAUCAAAGAAGCAGUUUGGCAUCAAAUGAUUUCUCUAAAUUCUGCACUUGUGGAAAACGUGAUAGCACUCAGCAUAAUGUCAAUUAUUCUGCCAAGCAUGCUGAAAUAAUUGAUACUCAGCAGAAACAACUUGAGGGAAUGAAGUACUUCUUUGAAGAGAUAAAACUGGAGAUCAAACGAAUUCAAUCUGAGUGGGACCAAGAAUUGAGCAGGCUUCAGAACCAUAUAAAGAGCCUUGAAGUGACCUCCUCUUCCUACCACAAAGUUUUGGAGGAGAACCGCUUUCUUUACAAUCAAGUACAAGACCUCAAAGGAGCCAUUAGGGUCUACUGUAGAGUGAGGCCCUUCUUACCAGGACAAUCAAACGGACAAUCUUCAGUAGAUUAUAUAGGAGAAAAUGGAAACAUAAUGAUUGCGAAUCCCCUUAAGCAGGGAAAAAAUGCUAGAAGGGUAUUUUCAUUCAAUAAAGUGUUUGGAACAAAUGUCACACAAGAACAAAUAUAUGCUGAUACUCAACCGUUGGUCAGGUCCGUUUUAGAUGGCUAUAAUGUAUGCAUCUUUGCAUAUGGACAGACUGGCUCAGGAAAGACCUACACGAUGAGUGGCCCUGAUCUGACAACUGAAGAGACAUGGGGUGUAAACUAUAGAGCUUUGCGUGACUUAUUUCAUAUAUCAAAGGAAAGAGCAGACGCCAUAAAAUAUGAAGUUGGUGUCCAGAUGAUUGAAAUAUACAAUGAACAAGUGAGAGAUUUAUUAGUCAGCGAUGGCUCUAACAGAAGAUUAGAUAUACGAAAUAACUCGCAAUUGAAUGGUCUCAAUGUGCCUGAUGCAUGUUUAGUUCCAGUUAAUUGUACUCAAGAUGUUCUGGAUUUAAUGAGAAUUGGUCAGAGGAACCGUGCCGUGGGUGCUACAGCUCUAAAUGAGCGAAGCAGCCGUUCUCAUAGUGUGUUGACAGUUCAUGUCAGAGGGAGGGAUUUAGUUUCGAACUCAAUUCUUAAGGGUUGUCUCCAUCUUGUGGAUUUGGCUGGAAGUGAGAGAGUGGACAAAUCUGAGGUUGUUGGUGAGAGACUAAAGGAGGCCCAACAUAUAAAUAGAUCGCUUUCUGCACUCGGGGAUGUUAUCUCUGCUUUGGCACAGAAGAGUCCACAUAUUCCUUACAGAAAUAGCAAGCUCACACAAGUUUUACAAGAUUCAUUAGGUGGCCAUGCAAAAACUUUGAUGUUUGUUCAUAUAAAUCCUGAACUCAAUGCUCUGGGGGAGACAAUUAGCACUCUGAAGUUUGCUGAGAGGGUUGCAUCCAUUGAACUUGGGGCAGCUCAAUCUAAUAAAGAAACUGGUGAAAUCCGAGAGCUAAAGGAUGAGAUAUCAAAUAUCAAAUUGGCAUUGGAGAGAAAGGAAACUGAACUGGAACAAUUGAAAGCUGGGAAUGCACAAAAUGUCAUAGAAUCUCAGAAACCAACAUCUGUUUCACCUUUCCGUUUGCCCAAAUGUGGCACCAGUGGCAGCAUGAAGCCUGAAAAUUGUCAAAGAUCUAUGGAUGAUAGAAGCUCAGAGGCUAGAAGCUGUUCUUCGGGUAAGCAAAGAAGGUCAAGAUUUCCCUCAACAUUUAUGGAGAAGGACUCCAUGCCAAAAAGGUCUCUUCUGGCUGAAGAAAAAUUAGUGAGCUCAGGGAAGUGUAGAUCACCAUCACCUCCAGUCAGGAGAUCAAUAUCCACUGACAGAGGGUCUGUCAUUAAAAGCAAGAUCAAAAGUGACACAGCAGACAACCAACCAAUAUUAAAGCAUCCAUUUCAACCAGUAAAUAAAUCUCUUGUCACAAUGCGAAUGGCCCCGUCUACAGAAGACAACUCAAGGGUGUAUGUGCAUUCACAGGAGCUAGUGAAGCAGGAUAUCAUUUCUGAAAAUCUCUUCGAUCUCCAGAAGGUAAACUCCAGGAAAGUUCAUCAAAAACAUGAAGAGGAACAACACAAGCAAGCACUUGGUGUAGUAAGACAAGGUUCUAUUAGGAAAAGCAAGGCUGAUAGGGCCAAGGUCAAGCAUCAUCAACAAUUGCCCUUUAGGAUUCAAAAGGCUGAUCUGAUACCUAAAUUGAUUUCUGACAUAGAAAUUGCUGGUGAAGUAACUGUGGAGGGACCUCGAAAGAGUGAUUACUCAGAGCCAGAAAAUGAUCUUAGCUUUAUGGAGUGUGCAGUCAACGGUGUUUUAAAUCUUAAAAAGAUACGUCAGAACAUUUCUAGGAAUUCUCAAAACCUUGAAUCAAGAGGAAUAGUGCAAGCAGCUGAGCCUUUAUUGUCUAGCAAAGUUGAAAACAAAAUUAUAAAUGGUUCAGGUCGCAAUCUUAAGGAAGGCACAAAUACUUCCAUGUCUGACUUCAGAAGGAGCCGAUCUACACCACGUGGAAAGUUUUUUGCUUUAUCUUAAGGAUUUCAGGUUAAAAAAUGAUAAUUUUUUUAUAUAAUUUAUUUUGUACAGUGACUACUACUAUUUAUGUGAUGUUGGAGUGCCAGCUCACGUAAUUUUGUAGAGACUUUAAGGUCUUGAGGUCAGUUUAUGCGACCUUACUCUAUUUUCUAUAUAUUCUGAUCAUGCUCCUAUGUAAUUUAAAUUUUCAGAUGUCAAUAUACUUCUGAAAU